AGCAGCUCUGAACUUCUGAAGAUAACUCUCUCUCGCUCUCUGAACUGAACAGACGGCCAUCAAGCAGCAGCCACAAGGGCGCAUUCAUGCGCCUAAUCUAAGCAGCAAGAUCCAUUUUUUGGCCAUGAAAACGAUCGUAUUUGCUGCGCAAAUCUUGUUCUGCUUCGUGCUGCUGCUGUUCCAGUUGCUGACCAUGGCGGCUGCUGCUCCUUCGAUCACCGGCGUGUUCGAUCAUGGAAGCUAUGGCGUCGCUCUCGUCAAGGUUGACGAGGCGCCCAGGAAGUGCUCGGCGGCGAGGAAGAGCGCUGCUCCGACCGGCGGCGGAGGAGCCGGAGCGCCGCCGAAGCCGCUGCUCGUCGCGGCGCCGCGCGAGGCCGGCGAGUACCCGGUGGUGCUGUUCUUGCAUGGGUACCUCGCCAACAAUUCCUUCUACUCGCAGCUGCUCGAGCAUGUCGCCUCCCAUGGCUUCGUCGUCGUCGGACCACAGCUUUAUGCGAUCUCUGGACCGGGCACCACCGACGAGAUCAACUCGGCGGCGGCCGUCAUCAACUGGCUCGCCGCCGGCGGCCUCUCCUCGAAGCUGCCGCCCGACGUCCGCGCGGACUCAACCAAGGUGUCCAUCUCCGGCCACAGCCGCGGCGGAAAGGUGGCGUUCGCGCUGGCGCUCGGCCACGCCAACGUCUCCCUCCCGCCCAUCGCCGCGCUGGUCGCCGUCGACCCGGUGGACGGCAUGGGCGCCGGGAAGCAGACGCCGCCGCCGAUCCUCACCUACAAGGAGAACUCCCUGCGCGUGGCGGCGCCGGUGAUGGUCGUCGGGACGGGCCUCGGCGGGCUGCCCCGGGGCCCGCUCCUCCCGCCGUGCGCGCCGCGCGGGGUGAGCCACGACGACUUCUACGGCGAGUGCGCGGCGCCGACCGCGUGCCACCUCGUGGCGAGGGACUACGGCCACACCGACAUGAUGGACGACGUGACGCCCGGGGCCAGGGGCCUGGCCACGCGCGCCGUGUGCAGGAGCGGCGGGGCAAGGGCGCCCAUGCGGCGGUUCGUCGGCGGCGCCAUGGUGGCGUUCCUGAAGAGGUGGGUGGGAGGGGAGCCGGGGCUCCUGGACGGCAUCAGGGCGCGGCCGGAGACGGCGCCGGUGGCGCUGUCCGUCGUGGAGUUCCGCGAUGGGGGCGAUGACGAUGACAGGAACAGUUAGUACUUACUUAAGUACUCUUAGAGCAAACAUAACAGCUCAUCCAAAUUGUCAUUUGAAUGAUCAUCUAAAAUAGAUUAUCUAUUUAUAUCAUGUAUCACUUUAACAUAACAUUCAUUUUACGUCAUCUAUAUAUAUUUUAUUAACAUUU